AUAACAGUAAUCGUAUUUUCCUUUGAGACAUCAUUGACAAGGUUAGAUGCGAAUCCUGGUAUUUAUUUUGGCCUUAGAAGAGAUUGGAGACGUGAACCAAUUCAGGGCCCAAAACAUACCGAUCACGCGUUACGCUCCUGGAUAUUUGUGCAGCUCUGAUCCGAAAGAGGGGAGCCAUCCACUAUGGCCGCCACAGAAGGCAGGCUACGAAAGAAAUGUGGCACCGCUUUUCCCUUAGUACGGACUUAGACUGCUCUAAGUGCCGGUCGCACAUAUUGGUGUCCGACAACGUUUUCCCUCGUGUGACAGAAAGACAGACAGUUUCUCGUAGAAGCUCCCAAGUAAAAGCCAGUGUUGGCAAUCGUGUCUACGUCGAUAUUAUACUACAGGCUCUCACGGUGAUCAGACGUAGUGUAACCGAAUGCCCAGACUGUCGUGCUGUUACAAAUCUGGAACAGUCCCGAGUGAUUUUCCAAGCACUUCUAGAGACACCGGAGCUAGUGUCAGCUGCCUUAUACAUCCUAAGAAGUCUUACUGUUUAACACCUGUGACACUAGCCACGAGGAGCACU